CACACUCACACCUUCUUCUUGUUCAGUCAUCGUGCUUCUGUGUCAGAGGAGAGAAGAAAAAACAGUGGUGGUGAGAAAAAUGACGGCGGCCGGAGUAGCAUCGGUACAGACGAAGAAGCUCCUCAAGUUCAGCCUUUCUCUCUUCCGUCGCGGCUUUAACUCCUCGAAAUGCAAAACGGCGGCGAAGAUGGCUGUGGCUCGGAUAAAGUUACUGAGGAACAAGAGACAAGUUGUGGUUAAGCAAAUGAGGCGUGACAUCGCCCUUCUUCUUCAGUCCGGUCAAGAUGCAACCGCUCGAAUCAGAGUUGAGCACGUGAUUAGGGAGCAGAACAUCUUGGCGGCUAACGAAAUCAUUGAGCUUUUCUGCGAACUCAUCGUUUCUCGUCUCACUAUCAUCACCAAGCAGAAGGAAUGUCCUGUGGAUCUAAAGGAAGGCAUUGCGAGUUUGAUAUUCGCUGCGCCUAGGUGCUCUGAGAUACCUGAGCUUGGAGAUCUGAAAGACAUCUUUGAGAAGAAGUACGGAAGAGAUUUCGUUUCUGCUGCUACUGAGCUGCGUCCUACCUGUGGCGUCAACCGGAUGUUGAUUGAUAAGCUUUCGGUUAGGCAUCCUGCUGGAGAAUUCAAAUUGAAAUUCAUGAAGGAGAUUGCAAAGGAGUUCCAGGUUGAUUGGGACACUACUGAGACUGAGCAAGAACUUCUCAAACCUCAACAAGAAACCAUUGAUGGGCCACGUGCGUUUGUUAGCGCAUCAAGCUUACCAGUAAACCGUGCUGCUUCUGACGAUCCCAUUGAUCCUCCUCCUACCAAACCAGUGCCCAGAUCGAGUAGUAGCAUCAACACGCAUUAUCACGACACCGAGUCAGCAGCUGAAGCAGCAGCUGAAUUAGCCAAGCAGGCGGUUGCAGCAGCUCAAGUAGCCGCCUUGUUAGCUAACAGAAGAAGAGACAGCAGCAACAAGGAGGAGUUCUCUGUAUCCUCCUCCUCGUCUUUGGAUCAUUCCACAAGACAAUCUGAAGCAAGCUCCUACUACUACGCUAAACCUUCCGUAGAAAACAGAGGAAACACCAGAAGACACAGCUGCAACAAUCCAGGUGUAAAUGAAGAAGAAGCCAAGGAAACAAUGAGGAGGAGACACACACUUCCUCCUCCAGCGACUUCUGAGGUCAAGUUUGAUGAGUCUGACUACUACUACGAGGAAGAUACAGAGCCAGAAGAAGGACCCUUACAGAGGAGUCGUGCUUCUUCUUCCCUCCCGCCAAACAGAGCACCACCUCAGGCUCCUCCUCCUCAGUCCGGUGAUUCGAGAAGGGACUCGAGCGGUCACCAUGUGCACCCAAAACUGCCUGAUUAUGAUGACUUGGCGGCACGUUUUGACUCUAUCAGGCAGAGUAAGGGGCCAUUGUUCUGAAGCUUGGGAACUUCGUUUACAUAUAUAAAUAGAAAGAAAAUCACGUGUUUGGGGGGGAUUUAUGCAAGUAUUGUGUUUUACUACAUUGGUUGGUGAUUGUGUAUGAAGAAGAAAAAAAGCAUUACUUUUUUUUGUUGUACUUUCAAUAACGCGGUUCGUUUUUGUUGUGAUUUUCAUCAAUCUUGCGACGUUCUUAAGUGCUAUCGAAACUACUUCUAUUCA